AUGUCUGAAUCUGAUUCUUCUGAUUCCUCUAUGAAUGAAUUGGAUGAAACUGUUAAUGUUGGUGAGUCUAGUGCUAAUCCUUUGAACCUUGAAACUGAAAAUUCCAUUGAAUCACCCGCAGAAGUUGAUAAGAAUAAGAAGAGAGAUAGGUCGCUCACAUCUAAUGUUUGGGAUUACUUCAAAACAAUUGGUAAAGGAUCUGAUGGGAAAAAUAGAGCUGAAUGUCUUGCUUGUGGGAAGCAAUAUGUAUGUGGUGGUCAUGACUAUGGAACUUCAUCUUUGAGGCGUCACAAAAAUGCGUGUCAAAUGAUUCCAAAGUUUCAUGAAACUACUACUGGUAAACUAAUGCUUCAUCAAGGUGCCAAAUUGAGAACUAGAAAAGUGGAUAACAAAGUUGUACCCUCUAGACGUGCUUCCACAAUAGAUAUUAUUAAGUUGUAUGAGGGAGAGAAAAAAAAAUUGAAAGAAGAGUUGGCCAAAGUUCCAAGUAGGAUAAAUUUGACUUCUGAUUUGUGGACUGCUUGUACUGCUGCUGGUUAUAUUUCAUUGACUGCUCAUUGUGUUGAUGAAAAUUGGAAACUGAAUAGUAAAAUUCUUAAUUUUUGUCAUUGUCCUCCUCCACAUUCUGGGCAAGAGUUGGCUAAGAUUGUGAAUGAUUUCUUGGUGGAUUGGGGAAUCGAGGGAAAAAUAUUCUCAUUGACUUUGGACAAUGCUAAGUCUAAUGACACAUUGGAAAAGUCUUUGAGAGAUAGGUUGAAGAAUAAUAAAAGUUUGUUAUGUGAUGGUGAAUUUUUUCAUGUUCGUUGUUGUGCCCACAUACUAAACCUCAUAGUUCAAGAUGGUUUGGAUGUUGCUAAUGAUGCUUUAUCCAAAAUUAGAGAAAGUGUCAAGUAUGUUAGGGCAACGCAAGGAAGAAGGGAUGUUUUUAAAGUUUAUGUGGAGAAACAUGGUAUUGAUAAGGAGACAAAGGUUGGUUUGCGUUUGGAUGUUGUUACUAGGUGGAACUCCACCUACUUGAUGCUUAAAAGUGCACUUGUAUAUCGACGUGCAUUUAAGGAGCUUGCUUUAGAUGAUUCACACUACAAAUCUCUCCCUAGUGAUGAAGAUUGGGAAAGAGGAAAAAAAAUUUGUGAGGUUUUGCUUCCAUUCUAUGAUAUCACAAAUAUGUUUUCUGGAUCCACUUAUCCAACAUCUAAUUUGUAUUUCAUGCAAGUGUGGAUUAUUGAAUGUUUGUUGUUUCAAAAUAAGACUCAUGAGGAUGCGGUGAUUAGGGACAUGAUAAAAGAAAUGCAGCUGAAAUUUGAUAAGUAUUGGUGUGAUUAUAGUGUUAUUCUUGCACUUGCCUCCGUUCUUGAUCCUCGCUUGAAGCUUCAAUUUUUGGAGUUUUGUUAUUCUGACAUUGGACUUGAUGCAAUUGCUCGCCAAACUAAGAUGAGGAUUGUCAAACAAAAGAUGUAUGAUCUAUUUCAUGAGUAUGUCAACAAUUUUGAUGGUGGAAGUCAAUCCACACAAGAGACAUUGGUUACUACUAGUGACAUUGCUAAUGCUUCUCAACCUAGUAGUUCUCUUACCACCAAUGUUUUGGAUGUAAAGAUUUAUCACAUAUGA